AUGGAAUGCGUUUGUCCGGAUGGAUACAUUCUAUCAUCUGACGGCUCUAAAUGUAAAGAUGUUGAUGAAUGUAAUUCAGGUCUUUCUGACUGCGAUCAUUUAUGUACGAACACACCAGGAAGUUACAAGUGUCAAUGCAAAGAAGGAUUUUAUCUCCUAGGAAAUGGAAGAACAUGCGAUGAUAUCGACGAAUGUAGCUCGCAAAUAAUGAACAAUUGCUCCCAACUAUGCAUUAACUCUGUUGGAUCCUUCUCAUGUAGCUGUUUUGAAGGAUUUUCUUUGAAAGAUAAUGAACGCGAUUGCAUAGACAAUGACGAGUGUCAUCCAGACACAAACGAUGUUUGUUCUCAAAAAUGUAUCAACACCCAGGGAUCGUAUUACUGUUCCUGCUUCGAGGGAUACGAUUUGGACAGUGACCAAAAAACUUGCACUGAUAUAGAUGAGUGCAAUUUGCAUGUAUGUUCUCAGAAAUGCAUUAAUUCAUUAGGUUCAUACAAAUGCGAUUGCCAAAAAGGAUUUAAACUGUCCAGCGAUAAUCGCACUUGUGUAGAUGUUAAUGAAUGCAUGGAGCAUAACGGCAACUGUUCACAUUUGUGUGCAAAUUUGGAAGGAUCAUAUCAGUGUGCAUGUCCAAGUGGUUUUAUAGCGACCAAUGAUGGUAAAAAUUGUAAAAAAGCCUACGCUUGUUCUGUUAACAAUGGUGGGUGUUCCCACUACUGUUCGGACGAUAACGGAUUAUCUAAAUGUUUCUGUCCCUACGACAUGGAACUGGUCGACAAUUUUAACUGUACCAAACGGAAACAAUGUUCAACAAAACGCAAGGAUGAAUGUUACAGUUGUAAUGUUGGAGAAAAGAUAUUGCUGUGUUUCUGUCCAUCUUUUAGCCCUGAAGUUAACCGGAAUUCUUCAGUAUGUCCGGAAAAUUAUGAACUAUUUGAUAAAAUAGUUUGUCGUCGAAUGGACCCAAACAUUUGCAAACGUUACAAUGAAAACGGAAUCAGUAAAGAGUGUGUUUUGAUAGACGAAACAGAAGCAUGCCUAUGCCCCGAAGAUUAUUACAUAAAAAAUGGCAAGUGCGUCCCUUUUGACCCAUGCUUUAUAAAUAACGGCGGUUGUAGUCAUAUAUGCGAAAACGUUGACGGAAAACCUUCGUGUAAUUGUCCAUCUGGAUUUGUUUUACAAAAUAGAUUUAAACUAGAACCCGAUCAAAAAUCUUGUGAAGAUAUUAAUGAAUGUCAGGAAAACAAGGGUUCCAAACAGUGUUCACAUAUUUGUCAAAACACGCAUGGUAGUUUUCUCUGUAGCUGUCCAGAAGGUUUUCAGCUAUUAAAUUCCUCCGAACAUAUGGAAUGCGUUUGUCCGGAUGGAUACAUUCUAUCAUCUGACGGCUCUAAAUGUAAAGACGUUGAUGAAUGUAAUUCAGGUCUUUCUGACUGCGAUCAUUUAUGUACGAACACACCAGGAAGUUACAAGUGUCAAUGCAAAGAAGGAUUUUAUCUCCUAGGAAAUGGAAGAACAUGCGAUGAUAUUGAUGAAUGUAGCUCGCAAGUAAUGAAUAAUUGCUCCCAACUAUGCAUUAACUCUGUUGGAUCCUUCUCAUGUAGCUGUUUUGAAGGAUUUUCUUUGAAAGAUAAUGAACGCGAUUGCAUAGACAAUGACGAGUGUCAUCCAGACACAAACGAUGUUUGUUCUCAAAAAUGUAUCAACACCCAGGGAUCGUAUUACUGUUCCUGCUUCGAGGGAUACGAUUUGGACAGUGACCAAAAAACUUGCACUGAUAUAGAUGAGUGCAAUUUGCAUGUAUGUUCUCAGAAAUGCAUUAAUUCAUUAGGUUCAUACAAAUGCGAUUGCCAAAAAGGAUUUAAACUGUCCAGCGAUAAUCGCACUUGUGUAGAUGUUAAUGAAUGCAUGGAGCAUAACGGUAACUGUUCACAUUUGUGUGCAAAUUUGGAAGGAUCAUAUCAGUGUGCAUGUCCAAGUGGUUUUAUAGCGACCAAUGAUGGUAAAAAUUGUAAAAAAGCCUACGCUUGUUCUGUUAACAAUGGUGGGUGUUCCCACUACUGUUCGGACGAUAACGGAUUAUCUAAAUGUUUCUGUCCCUACGACAUGGAACUGGUCGACAAUUUUAACUCAAACACUUCUGAGUUAUAUAUAAGGUGUCCUAAUAAUGGAAUACUCAAUUUUACUUUACCACUUGGACAGAGUUCAAUGAAUGUGUGGUUUCCAAAACCAAUCACUUCUGUUGACUGGUGGAGUUUCAAAGCGUUCGAUGGAAACUUGACAGCAAGCUGUGAAUUGGUGAUAAAUGUUAUUGAUAGUGAACCACCAAAGGUUUACAAUUGUCCCCACUAUAUUCAAGAUGUGCUACCGAAAACUAAGAAGAGCAAACUGCUUGUGUGGCAAGAACCCACUUUUACAGAUAACGUAAAAGUUUCGUCAGUAUUUAAAUCAAAGAGUCCUGGAUCAGAAUUUUAUUUGGGUAAAGAAGAGGUCGUUUAUGAGGCUUCGGAUGAAGCUGGAAAUAAAGCUGUUUGCAAGUUUUCCGUGGAACUCAAAG